GGCCGUGUCCGCUGUCAAAGCCAAACCCGGAGAAGUCGCCUUUAAUGGCGACGCUUAGCGCGUUAGCUCGGUGACCCUCGGUGCUGCUGCAGCCUCGCACCGCACACACCGUCCUUUCCCGGGGGGGGGGGAUAACCGCAAACCGCCGAUACACACACGCCUUUUUUUCUUUGCAUUUGUCACAUUUAGUCAUCUCCUUAGAGCGUAGUUGGUGGUGAAACCCCGUUUGCAGCGCAUGCCCCCCAUUCAUAGUGAUAAAGUCUGCGAGAGGGGAGGGUUUGGCUGCAGGGACGGCGUUAGCUGCACCAGCACAUCCAGCUAAAACCUGCAGCUCAAACCCGCUACAAACUCACCCGAGGGGACUGGGACUGGCACUGCUUUGAGGAAAAACCUGCAUGAGUCAAAUCCCGGUAUGGGGGACAUGAAGACCCCAGAUUUUGAUGACCUGCUGGCGGCAUUUGACAUUCCUGACAUAGAUGCCAAAGAGGCCAUCCAGUCGGCCCCGGAUGACGCCGAGGGACCCCCCGGGGCCGCCGGGGCUCCUCACCUGGGGAAGCCGGACGGAGUGGGGGGCGUCGGGGCGUCCCUGAGGCCGCCCACCCCGGCAGACCCCCAGCAGGCCGACACCUCAAUCGUGAGUGUAAUUGUGAAGAACAAAGUCCGCCAUGAGACUGUAGAUGGAGGCGAGGGAGUGGACACUGAUCAAGACCCUAUUGAUGUGAUCGCAGGGGUGGAUGUGGGUCCCAGACUGGGUGCAUGUCCCGCUGGGGCUGGGAUGGCUGAGUCUGAGCAAGUAAACCACAAUGGUUUCGGAGCAUCAUCCGGUGUGUCCGCUCCACUGAGCCAGGGCCAGUCUAACGGAGCCCCGUGGUCACUGAGCACCCCUAAAGUGUCCGCGGAAGAAGCCGGGGCCAGUACGGCCAAGUCCCACAAGCAGGGCGGCAACAUUUUUAACAGACUUAAGCCACUUGUGGCGCAGGGAUCUGGAGACCCGGUGGGCCGGGCCAGGAAGAUGCAGCUCCUGCAACAGCAGCACCAACAGCAGCAGGAUACGGGCCAGGAGAGACCAGACAGCGCCAAAGCAUCACUACCAUCAUCUUCCUCUCUGUCCGCCGGGUCGUCUCCUCUGGCCGCCGGCGGGCCCGUUGGACCGGCUUCACCCUUCUUUCCGCCUUCCAAGCCUCUGCUUUCAGCGUCACCUUCUGUGCCCUCUUCAAACCCACUCCACUCGUCUCAGCCUUUCAACGGCGCUCCCAAAGGGAGCUCUGCUGGGUUUCAGCACCAGCAGUUGGAGGAGGAGGAUUCGGACCCUGAUUUGGGGAGCCCGCUGGUGAUCCAGGAGAACCCCGACUCGCCGUCUUGCACUCAGUUGAGUCGACACUACAAGUCAGACGCUCACCCUCAACCUAAACUCGGUAGCACUCCUUUAGGAUCGUCUCUGACUUCGUCGGCCCCCCUGUCCGGCUCCACGGACAGUCCCCAGGUGGAGGACCGGCAUCCAGAACACGUCAUCGAAGAGAGAGACUCGCCGGAGAGUCCGGAACCAGAGAUGCCAAAGUCGGCAGCUCAGGUUGCGACUAAGAGAUGCUCCAGCCCCGCCAUGGCCCCCACGCCACCGCCACCAGAACUGCGGGAACCUAAAGAGGAGGAGGAAGAAAUGGAAGUGGGCAAUGGGAUAGAUAGGGUUGUGGAUGGUAAAACGGACAAAGGAGAAACUGUGAGGAUGAGUGAGGAAAGUAUGGAGUUGGAUAAUAAUAAACCUAAGCCCGUUUCCAGUGCUGGAGGAGAAUCGGGCGUCGCUGCGCCGGCGGCCUCCGGAGCUCCAUCCCGACCCCUUAAAGUCAGGAUAAAAACAAUUAAAACCUCCACAGGUGGAAUCACCAGAACGGUGACCCGGGUGGCGCCUAAAGGUGGUGCUGCAGGGAAAGGCCUAGACGCUAAAGGUCAAGCUGGAGAACGUAAGGUGUUGGGAAGCAAAGCCUCAAAAGCGGACUCUUCUGGCGGCCACGUCACAAGUUCCCAGAAAGUAAGUGCUCUGAACGCUUUGCCGGUGUCUACACUCGCAGCCAGCAGCGUCAUGCUCGCCGCCGCCACGAAAGUCCAAAACAAAAUGGCUUCGUCUGACAAGCCAAAGGUUUCCGCCACCGCGGUCAGCAUCACGAAGUCCGCCGCCCUUCCCGCAACGCCCGCCGUGUCUUCCUCCCCAAAGUUUUCAGUGGCUACCGGUGGGAUAAGCGUACGCACGGCCACCAACAAAACGGCGAACGGGGGCGGCGGGCCCAUCGCGGGCGCCGCGCUCCAGGCCAACAAACCCGCCUCCAUCGUCAACAGCACGGGAGCGGUGAUUUCCCGGAGUCAGUCCAGCCUGGUGGAGGCCUUCAACAAAAUACUGAACAGCAAAAACCUUCUGCCAAGCUACAAGCCCGACCUGUCGGCUCCCCCUCCGCCCGAGUGGGGUCUCCCACUCCCCGCCACCGGGUACCGCUGCCUGGAGUGCGGGGACGCCUUCGCCCUGGAGCGCAGCCUGGCGCGGCACUACGACCGGCGCUCCCUCCGCAUCGAAGUCACCUGCAACCAUUGUGCUAAGAGGCUGGCCUUCUUCAAUAAGUGCAGCCUGCUGCUGCACGCGCGGGAACAUAAGGAGCGUGGGCUGGUCAUGCAGUGCUCGCACCUGGUGAUGAGGCCUGUCACUGUGGAGCAGAUGAUUGGCCAGCAAGACAUUACACCCAUUGGCGGCUUGCUCUCGUCUUCGUCCUCCUCUCCUCCAGUCUCUUCUCCCUCUGCCGCUCCAGGGGCCCCCGUCGCCGCCGCCAACUCCAGUCCCAUGAAAGACUCGUCGUCUCCAGCGACGGCUCAGCCGCGGCCGGUCCGCCGCACACCCCAGGGCCCCCAGGCGCUCAUGCCGUUGCCCUGCAAGAAGGCCGAGGGGCUGCAGUACAACAACUUCAAAUGUUCCGAGUGCCAAACGCAGUUCUCCAGCAAGACCGAGCUGGUCACCCACUUCCAGCAGAUCCGCGGCGCUCCCAACUCCACGUGUACGCAGUGCUCCCCGCCCAUGAUGCUCCCUAACUCGUGUGCAGUGUCCGCCCACCAGAGGAUCCACAAGCACCGAGCGCCUCACGUGUGUCCGGAGUGUGGCGGGAUCGCCAGGCAGGCCAGUUUCCAGACUCACCUGGAGGAGGCCUGUCUGCACUUCGCCAGGCGGAUCGGCUACAGGUGUUCGAGCUGCCAGGUGGUUUUCGGAGGGCUGAACUCCAUAAAGUCCCACAUCCAGACUGCUCACUGCGAGGUCUUCCACAAGUGCCCCAGCUGCCCCAUGGCCUUCAAGUCUUCCCCCAGCGCCCAGAGCCACAUCAGCACCCAGCACCCCACGCUGACCGGAGGACAGGCCAAGAUGAUCUACAAGUGCGUGAUGUGUGAUACUGUUUUUACCCAAAAACCAUUGCUGUACAUGCACUUCGACACUCAUUUAGCCAAGCAGAAAGUGCAUGUGUUCAAGUGUCCUGACUGCACCAAGCUCUACGCUCAGAAAGGUUCCAUGAUGGAGCAUAUUAAGACUGCUCACAGAGGAGCCUCAGCCAAGCAGGAGUCUCAGCCCGAUGCUUCCAACGCCGCCUCCGCCCCGGCCAACACGUCCGGCCCUUCAGGGGUCAAGUCGAAAUCCUCCGGAAAACCAGACACCUCGGACGGCGAGGACUGGGGUCGGGAUCAGGAGGAGGAGGAGGAAGAGGAGGAGGAGGACGAAGACGACGAGGGGGACGAGGAUUACGAGGCCCCGGGGGCCAACGCUGCGGCCCCCGCGGCGGCUCCCACCGAGUGGACCUGCCCCCAGUGCCAGACCACCUUUACCGACAACGACGACUAUCUGAGUCACGUGAAGAUGGAGCAUGGCAAGUUCCCUUGUCGUAUUUGUGGAGGAACAUUCAGCACAUCUUCCAGCUUGCGACGUCAUGAGCGUGUCAUUCACGAGGGCAACAAAAGAGUCUUCCAUUGCCAAUAUUGCACGGAGGGUAAACGCACCUUUGGCAGCCGAUUCUUGUUGGACAAACACAUUCGGCUUCAUCACAGAUCCACUGAUGGACAUGGUCCCCCCCUCACCAGGAAGCGAGCGGCCACGGGCGGAGAGGGACCCGGCAGCUCCUCCGAGCAGGACGGGGAGGACCGCCCUCCCGCGACCAGGACCGGAGAUGAGGAGGAAACCCCCACGGAGGAGGGGGGCGCCGGUCCAGCCAAGAGAACCAGGGCGUCGAUCGCCUCCACGUCGUCGGCCCCCGGCGAGUUAGAGGAGGAAGACAACGUUUUCCGCUGCGUCCCCUGCGGCUUCUCCACGGAGGACGGGGCGGAGUUCCAGCGCCACAUCCCGCAGCACCGGGGCGACACGGCGUCCUUCCAGUGCCUGCAGUGCGGCGUCUGCUUCGCCUCGGCCGGCUCCCUCAGCAGGCACCGCUUCAUCAGCCACCGGGUGCGAGACACCCACAGCGACGCCGAGCGCGGCCCCGCCCACGCCCACGGCUCCCCGGACGGAUCCCCGUCCGCCUCCCCUCUGGCGCCGGGCGAGGACGGAGACCUGAACUGCAAGGUGUGCGGCCGGCGCUUCGACAAGGCCUCGGACCUCAACACGCACUUCAGGACCCACGGGAUGGCCUUCCUCACCGCACACAAGACGGACAAGCCCCAGUAGGGGACCAGCCCCCCCGGGGCCCCCAGGGCUGCAGAAAAAUGAAUGUUGACGACACAAGCUGCUCCCGUGCAGACUUUUCUUUUAUAGCAACUACAAACUUUUACGCUCUACGGCACCUCCUCUGAGAGAUUGUAACUGCAUGUUUGAUCCCGUUACUGAACUCACCCGUGGGUAGACUUGUGAGAAAACACUUUCCCAACUAAGGCAUUUAUUAUUAUUAUAUCAGCCAUACUGUGUCUAAUCCACCCUGUCCUCUCAUUUCCACCACUCUUCUCUUUGCACUGACUGUAGCCACAUGUCUGUCUGUAAAUGUAACCGACACGUACGCCUCCCGCUGCACUUCUGACCAGUUUUGCAGCCACAUUUUGGUUUUUUUUCUACAUGACGCUAAAUUCAUGCUGCUCGCCCUCAAAAGGUCACGCUCAGUUUCCAGACCCUUAGAUCAGCAUUAACGCCUCCAGCGGAAGCAUGAAGGGGAGUGUUUGAACAAUGACACUUUUUUUUUUAUUUUUAAUAUAUUGCUAUAAUAUUUAUUUAUACAAAAAACACAUUGCUUUUGGCAUUUGUGAGUCCCUUGCACCAAACGAGUGCAACACACGAGUUUAGAGAAGCAUUUCAGGAGACGAGGUUGAAGGUUUGUAGCCUGUGUUGUGUGAAUACUGUGUGAUGUUAAUCGUUAAGCUAGAACAGGUCAGACUCCCCGUCUGUUGUUUGUGUACGAGUUUUUGCCAUGUAAAUAAUUACACUUACAGAAAGCAUUCUGAUUUUAGCAACUUGCUAUGAUAAUGUGAAUACAUAUAGUAUUUGUACUUGUACUGUUCCCCUUUUUCUCAAAACUGAAGUUUAAAAAAAAGGAAGAAAAAAAAACUCCCCAUCCCCCAAAUUAGGUGCAAAGUGUAAUUUAAAAAAAAAAAAAAAAUGGAUGAAGAUGGGGGAUGUGUCGUCUUACUGUGUAUGAAAAUGGUUCUUUUUUUAUCUACAGGAUCAGUGCUAGCUGUACUUUUUUUUUUUCUUAAUCUCCCAGCCUUCAAGGUCACGUGAUGGAGGCAAAAGUGGAUUUUUUAAAAAAGGUUUUAUUUGUAUCUUUUAUAUGUUAUAUCAUAUUUAUAUGGCUUAAUAGUGGAACUAUGUCAUUUUACUUUCCAUGGUUGUGGUCUGCUUGCUGAAAUGCCAUACACUUUUGUGCUGUUUGAAAAUAAAUGUGAUAAUAUGUCAGACAGCUGCAGCAGACUCGUUUCACUUCCCCGUCCUCUGCUGGACUAAUCGUCAGCCGUGCAUGGUUAAACUGAUGCAAAGCUCGGUAAAACAUUCUCUUUACCAUCGUGGCAUCCUUUAGUUUAGCCCUUUAAACACUAGCUCCUAAUACAAGCUUCACAACGUCAGUAGGAUCGUUCCAGUCCUCCUCACAGGAACUUGGAUAGCUCAGCGAGGUCAGUAAGUUUCAUAGAAAUUCAAACCAAUUCAUCAAUGGUUGCCAAGCAAUGAAGCAGAGGUGUCAAGUAACGAAGUACAAAUACUUCGUUACCUUACUUAAGUAGAAAUUUUGGUUAUCUAUACUUCACUGGAGGAAUUAUUUUUUAGACGACUUUUUACUUUUACUCCUUACAUUUUCACACAAUUAUCUGUACUUUUUACUCCAUACAUUUUAAAAACAGCCUCGUUACUCCAUUUCAUUUCUGCCUUUAAACAAAAACUAUCCAGUUAAAUUGCUCCAUCCGGAUAGAGUGAAUUUGGUUGUGGUUGUUUCAGAUGUUCUUGUCCAGUUUUGUUCUUACAUCCGUUCCCUCA